CGCGGGCGCGGCCCUGGUUUCCUCUCGCGCCUGGACGGAGGCCUCCGUGCAGCCGGAGAUAUGACCCGGCACCUCGGCGCUGGCUCCUCCGCACAGGGCUCGCCCGGCCGCCAUUUUAAGCCGGCGGCCACAGGGAGAGAGGGCGCCCGAGACUGCAGAAAUCAGUCUAUUACCGAUUUCUUCAAACCAGCUCCAAAACAAGACAGAAUUGUAUUGUGUUCUCCGGACAAAAGAAAUGUAAAAAAUGGGGAUGUUGAACUGUCGGUCAUACGUACAGAACGAUUUGAAAAGAAAAUAUCAUCUCAGAAGAAAACUAGAAGGGAAAAGAUUCCAGUCCAAUCACCAAACAAGAGUCCUGUAAUGGAUGACUUAUUGAGAGGAGCUAACAGAGAGAAAAAGGACAGUCCAAAAGUUUUAGAGAACAAUAGAGCAUGCCUGGUGCUAAGCACAAAGUAUCCGAAGGUUGUGGUUCGAAAACUCCUUAUGUCUGCAGGCCCUCCCAACUAUUCCUUGACAAAAAAGGAUACGACCAGUAAGAGAGAACAGGGGAGGAAUGAAAAGUGUCCAAUUAAAACAAGAACACCGUUUUAUGAAAAUGGUAGGGAACAGCGGAUUGACUGUAUGGAUCUAGAGGAGGCCAGUUCAGAUGCCAGCAAAUGGGUUUCAACAUCAGAAGCUGACGUCUUAAAAAACUAUGCCAGAAGUAAUGGUAAUGUGAACAAUAAGCCUUUGUGCCAAAAAGCUGGGCAUUCCACAAAGCUCCAGUACAGCCCUGCUGAGUCUCAAUAUUGGUUACCACUGGAAACUUACUGCAAAGAAGGAGAGCAGAAGAGACACAGAAUGGAACAGUCUAAACUGCAGCCCUUCAGUCCAGUAAAGGUAUUCUUGGGAACAGGUAUAUCAAACCAGGGCAAUGGAUGUCUCUUAAGAAAAAGAUCAAGCUCUGCUUCAUGGGAGACUGCCUCAGAUGAUUCAUCUCAAUCAAAGCAGGUUUCAAAACCUGAAGUUUCUUCUCCAGGUCUAUCAAGAUGGUCAUCUGAAAAGGCUGUUAAUAUAUGGAAAAAUCAGUCAUUCCGCCUUAACUCAAAAAUUUCUUCAGCACUGUCCAAACAAAAAGACUUUACUGGAAAAAGAAAAAGGAUAUCUAUGAAUAUGGAUUUGAAAAGUUCAGGAAAACCUGUGGUACAAACUUUGAAUGAACCUCAUUUCAGCAGGUCAUCUGAAAAAUGCAAAAAUAGAAAGUCUGAAUUCAUUAAACAUGUUGUACUAGUCUCUCCAGGUGAUGGUGUUCUGCAACUAAAGGAUGCUGCUAUGUUGCGUAGAGAAGACUUGUCUCUUUCACAGGAAUAUUUUGACAUAAGCCACAAAAAGGAAAAAGAUAAACCCACAUAUGAGGAAUUAUCACCUUUAUAUUCUGGACACUGUGCUAAUAAAAAUGACCAAAUCUAUGUUGCAGAUACUAAAGAAAAUCCAUUGCAAGCAACCCGCUCACAUUUCCUCUUAGAAAAGCCAACAUCUCUUUCUCAGGAAAAAGCUACUGUAAAGACUAAAACUCAGUCAAACACAGUGUGCACAGAAGAAAUGAAAUGCUUACAUUCUUCUUCCCACAUUCAAAGUGCUAGUUUAUCUCAGGUAUUGGAAACUAAGAAAGCGCAAAAGAGAGUGAGACAGACUGAACCUAUCCUUUGUAAAGAUGAUAAUGUACAGCUUCCCUCAGAUUCUCACAAGAAUUUUACUAAAUCAAAAGAGAACACUGUAAAGACUUCAGAAGAUAAUUCUAACUUGCCUUCAGUGGAAAUUUUUGAGAAGCCUGUAUUUUCAGUAAAGAUUGGCAAAGUUGUUGCACGUUCACUGUAUUUUGAAGAUGGAUGUUCAGCUAAUAGCACUAGUUCUUCACAGAUUUCAGAUGAGUUGAACAUUGAAAGCGCCAACAUAACUUCCGUGUUGAAUAGAAAAUUAAGCAACAGUUCUGAUAGUGAAGAUGAGAGUUUUGACUGUAAUCUGGACAGCGAUGAAGAAGAAAUGCUCUUGCCACUGCAAGAUAUCCUGUCCUCAAGUUCAAAAUCACAUGUUGGAACUCCAGAGGGAGCUUGUCUUGAGGAUCUUUCGCAGGACACCUUGACUCCAUCACCCAAACUUCCUCUUUCUAAGAUUCCUGUUGUGAGUCAAGUGUCUUAUGUGAACAGCCUAGAGCAUCUCUUGAAGGAGAAGGAAGAAUCCAAAAGGGUAGAUGAACUAGAGAAGCAACUACAGGAAGACAUACAGGAAAUUAGACUAAAUUCGUCAACUGGAGAGGAAGAGCAAGAAAACUCUGAUGAAGAUAGAGAUCUGUCAGAAGAACACAGGGCAUUUAUAAAGAGGUUUUCGGUAGUAUCUGAUGCCAUUCCUGAUUAUCAUCCUGGAGAAGAAAUAUUUCACUUAUCAAAUUCUGGGGAAAUCUUCAAUCAGCAUAACCUUGAUUUGAGGAAUUCUGGUUUCAUCCCUCAAAAUCCUAUAGAAAAACUUCUUCUUAGAUCAGAAGUAACACAGCAGCUUUCUUUAACAACUCAGGGUUUCCUCAGUUGUGCUUACAGUUGUACACCGUGCCCCAUACCAGUUUUAAAGUGGCUGUUUCAGAUGAUGUCAGUUCAUUCAGACUACUAUGUUUCAAUGCAGAUUUUGGAUACUCUGAUGGAAAUAACAAUUAAAAAUGCUUCCAUCAGUGAUGCACAGUCUAAAGUGUGGAUUCCCUCACUGUCUGAUAUCUCGGCUGUAUUUAUCAAUAUGGGAGUGCCUUUUAGAUCUUUAUUUCCUCUGCAGCAUCUACAGCCCACCUUUAGUGAAGAUGAUAUUUUAUCUGAAAUGCAAAUAACAGUGGGAAAACAAACAAGUGGAGACACCUCUGCAGGUCCUGCUUUUUCUUGUCUGCCAGAAACCAACCUAAUGAAUGUGGUCAAGUUUCUUGGUUUUUGUACAACUAUGUAUCCGGAUGGUUAUGCGGACCAAGAAAUAUUGCUGCUGCUGUUACUGCUAUUUAAAAUUAGCCUGGAAAAACUAUUGAAGCAAAUUCCAUUGAUAGAUUUUCAGUGCCUACUGUUAAAACUACUGAAAAAUAUCAGAGACUGGGAUGCCAAGAUGCCUCAGCUCUGUCUGACAAUAAGUGAACUUUCCAGUCAUCACCAUGAUCUCCUUUGGUUAGUUCAACUGGUCCCUAGCUGGGUAAAGCGUGGAAGACAAAUAAGACGACACCUUAGCCUAACGAUAAUUUCAAAGCUUCUUAACAAAAAGUAUACAAGUUUACCUGUUACCAGUGACCUGCAGAUGUCUCUUCUAUAUCAGUAUCUGGUGCAGAUGAAGCCUUCUAACUUGUUAAAGAAAAAGAUAGAAGCAAGAAAGGAGCAGCAGGAUGACCUCAAUGGAGAGUGCGAUCAUACAGAACUAGAGCAGCAGGCAUACUACCUGACCUACAGUCUUCUUCACUUGGUCAGUGAAGUUAGUUGUUUUGACGUUGUGAAUUCUAAUCAAAGGAAGUGCUUACUGAGGCUCUGUGGUGCCUUAGAAAAACAUGUGAAGUGUGAUAUUAGGGAAGAUGCAAGACUAUUUUAUAGAACUAAGGUCAAAGACUUAGUUGCUAGGAUAUAUGGCAAGUGGCAGGAAAUGAUACAAAAUUCUCGGCCUACUCAGGGGAAGCUGCAUGAUUUCUGGGAGCCGGAUUUGUGA